AGUCAAUAAAAAGUUCCGAGGCUUCUUCUGAUUCUUAGGUGAGAAAGAAGGUAAACAAGUUAGUUGUGUCAACGGUCACACGUGCUUACCCUCUAAAAAGCCUUUUGAUCAACGGUUGUACCAAAUGAGCAGAGAGUCUAUAAGCUUUGCAACUUUUUCUUUUACUUCCUAUAUAAAAGGCUGAAGACGUUAACCUCUUAACAAACAAAAUAUAAAAUUUCUGUGUCUUAAGAAUUUAAUCAGAUGGCAACCGUUGAUCAGACCGCUGUAACCACCGGAACUAAGAAGGCUUGUGUCAUCGGUGGCACAGGAAACUUAGCCUCUAUUCUGAUCAAGCAUUUGCUUCAAAGCGGCUACAAAGUUAACACCACAGUUAGAGAUCCAGAGAAUGAGAAGAAAAUGGCUCACCUUAAGGUACUUCAAGAGCUCGGGGAUCUCAAGAUCUUCAAGGCGGAUUUAACGGAUGAAGGGAGUUUCACUUCACCAAUCUCGGGCUGUGAAUAUGUGUUCCAUGUCGCAACACCAAUCAGCUUUACAUCUCAAGAUCCCGAGAAAGACAUGAUCAAACCAGCGGUACGAGGAGUGAUCAACGUGUUGAAAUCUUGCUUAAAAUCGAACUCAAUCAAGCGCGUGAUCUACACUUCUUCAGCUGCUGCGGUUUCUAUCAACAACCUUUCGGAACCUGGACUUGUGAUGACCGAAGAAAACUGGUCUGACGUUGAUUUUCUCACAAAGGAGAAGCCGUUUAACUGGGGUUACCCAGUCUCAAAGACCUUAGCAGAAAAGGAAGCUUAUAAAUAUGCGGAAGAGAAUAAGAUUGAUCUCGUUACUGUGGUUCCAGCACUCAUAGCCGGAAACUCUCUCCUCUCUGAUCCUCCGAGCAGUUUAUCUCUCUCGAUGUCUUUAAUCACUGGGAAAGAAAUGCAUCUGAGCGGUCUCAAGGAAAUGCAGAAGCUAUCUGGAUCCAUCUCGUUCAUCCACGUGGACGACCUAGCUCGUGCACAUAUGUUUCUUGCGGAGAAAGAAACAGCUUCUGGUCGCUACAUUUGCUGUUAUUACAACACAAAUGUUCCAGAGAUUGCGGAUUUUCUCAGGCGAAGAUAUACUAAGUACAAUGUUUUGUCAGAAUUUGAAGAGUGCUUAUCAAGUGCGAAACUGACGCUAUCCUCGGAAAAACUCAUCAAGGAAGGCUUUCGAUUUGAAUAUGGGAUCAGUGAGAUGUAUGAUGAGAUGACGGAGUACUUCGAGUCAAAAGGAUUGAUCAAACCUAAAGUAUCUUGAUUUUCACAUAAUGUAAAAUGGAUUUUAUAAGUAUAUGAGCCUCUGAUCUCAUUAUGUUUCUUAUAAAUUGCUUCAAAUAAUAUGAUGGUUUAUUAUUUAUCAAAAAAAGGGUUGAUUUUAUGUCUUUAUACGUAAAUAUUAGCUUUCCUAGGAUCAGGUUGGGCUAGGGAUGAGUGAGGGCUGACAAAUCUAGUAUUAGAUGAGAGAAAUACUAUCAAACAUGCUUAAAUGGCCUUCUUUUUGUCCCAAAAAGGCAUGCCUAUUCACUUACAAUUUCCCCAUACAAACAAACUUCCUUAACUUGCAAUGUUUGUGGUUGGUUAAGAAAAUAUCCCUGCAUCAUCAAGAUAUCACGUCACUUGUUGAAGGUGGAUUUACAUCCCUCAAGGCCCAUUAGACAUUGAAUUAGGCUCACUUCAUUAUGAAACCUUAAACAUAUUUCUUCUAUAAAUAAGGAACUACUUCCUUAGUAGAAAAUAUCUUCUCUUCUCUAUUUUAGACUUAGAACACUUCUUACCAGAGCCGGUCCUAAGAAAGGGUGGGCUAGAAGCAAAAACAACAAAAUUUGGCCUAUUAAUUACAAAUAAAAAUG